UGUAGAUUUACUUGCCUUAAAUGCACUUUACUUAAAGUUCAGAUCUUUAAGGUACUGGGUUCUUCAAGGAGGAGGAGGGAGGAGGAAGAGGAAGAGGGCGUGAUUGUUCCAUCAGAUUUUUGUUUUUUCCUUUUUGGGUUGAGAAAAUGAAUAUAUCUGAUGAGAACAAUCCUAACAUUGUCAAACCCACAAAUUUUCAUGGAGGGCUUGAGAUGGGUAGCAGAAAGUUUGGGCUGGAGAUUAGUCACAACAGAAGAGCUUUAAAUGUGUUAAAUCAGAAAUUUAUUGGAGCACAAGCAUAUCCUUGUGUUGUUAACAAGAGGGGGCUGUCAGAAAAUCAUGGAGUCUCUCAAAGAAACCCACCAAAUCCUGCACAUCGACCGAUCACAAGGAAGUUUGCUGCACAACAGUCAAGUACACAUCAGCAUUGUCCACAGCAGGAGACUAAGAAGCAGAAACCAUCAGUUCCAAGCACAAAUGGGUUUGGCGACUGUAUAUUCAUAGAUGUUGAAGAAAAUAAGGCACCAGCAGAUCAUCCAGUACCAAUGUUUUUAGAACAAACAGAAGCAAUCCUUUAUGAAAUGGAUCAGAUGGAGGAGGUUGACAUGGAGGAUAUAAUUGAAGAGCCCAUUUUGGAUAUUGAUGGCUGUGAUGCAAAGAAUCCACUUGCUGUUGUUGAUUAUGUUGAAGAUAUGUAUGCCUCCUAUAGAAAAAAGGAGAGUUUUAGCUGUGUCUCUCCAAACUAUAUGGAACAACAGUUCGACAUUAAUGAGAAGAUGAGAGCUAUACUAAUUGACUGGCUUAUUGAGGUGCAUGAUAAGUUUGAACUCAUGAAAGAGACAUUAUUUCUCACGGUUAAUCUUAUUGAUAGGUUUCUAUCACAGCAGACAGUUGUAAGGAAGAAGCUUCAAUUGGUUGGAUUGGUUGCUAUGCUCUUAGCUUGCAAGUAUGAGGAGGUUUCUGUUCCAGUGGUAGGAGAUCUAAUUCUUAUAUCAGAUAAGGCCUACAAUAGAAAAGAAGUUCUUGAAAUGGAAAGUUUGAUGCUUAACAGAUUACAGUUUAAUAUGUCAUUUCCAACUCCAUAUGUUUUCAUGCAAAGGUUCCUCAAGGCUGCUCAAUGUGAUAAGAAGAUUGAGCUGUUGUCCUUCUUCUUGAUUGAGCUUUCAAUUGUGGAGUAUGAAAUGCUCAAGUUCCCACCAUCUUUAUUGGCGGCCGCAGCAAUCUAUACUGCUCAGUGCACUAUCUAUGGAUUCAAGCAGUGGAGUAGAACCUGUGAGUGUCACAGCAGCUAUUCAGAAGAUCAACUUCUAGAAUGUUCAAGAUUAAUGGUUGGUUUCCACCAGAAAGCUGGGACAGGGACUGGGGCACACAGGAAAUACAAUACAUCUAAGUUUGGCUAUACUUCAAAAUGUGAACCGGCACUUUUCUUAUUAGAGACUCAAAAAUAACAGGGAAUUUUUGGGGUUGGGGUUGGGGUUGGUGGGGUUACACAAUAAUAAUCAGCAACUUUGGUUGCAACUUAUUGGGAGCUGAUAUAUUGUGAAUUUUUAAAUACUGCAGCCUUGGUUGUUAAUACCUUACAGCCAUAUGCUAUGUUCUGUUUCAUUCAUAUUCCCUCACUGUAUUUCUUUUUCCUGUUUUAUUGAAAACAAUAAUUUUAUGACACCAUAAUUUUUUUUGUC